UACAAAUACAAAAUGCUCCCUCUCCACUCCUUUCAACCCCAACCACCCCCUUUUAUCUCCUUUCAUCCCAAAACUAUUCUCUCUCCAAUAAUAUCAAGUUUAUAGUUUUUUCAAAGAGAAAUAGCAACAAAGAAUCUCAGAGAAGGAGGCAAAAAGAGAAACAGUCUGAUGAUAAAUAGAGAGAAAGUCCAGUUGCUAUUUUAACAACAAGAAAGAAGAAAAUUACACAAGAAAAAUUAUAGCAUAGUGUGAGAAGAAGAAGAAGAAGAAAGAAAGAAAAGUUCCCAACUCAGGAAAGGUCGUUAUUGAACUUUUUUUUGUUCACAAGAAAAAUUAAAGGCAAAUGUGACAGACUGUAGAAGAAGUAUUAGUAUAGUAUCAGUAAAAACUCAGAAGCUGCAGCAGCAAGAAGAAGAAGAAGCAGCAGCAGCAGCAGCAGCCUCAGUACUCUGCCAACUGUUAUUCACCAGUCAGUAAUUAGAGCAAAAUACAGACCUAAAGUCAUACCCCAUCAACUAGAUCUCUUUUUUUCUCUCUAAAUCUUUUAUGAAAAAGAAUUUCAGAAAGACCCCACAUCUUUUUCUGUUUUGUUUUAUUGUUCUAGUUGAUCUCUAGAUUUUCCAAGAUUUUGCAACAUCAACAGCUUACUUCUCUUGCUAGCUAUUGUUUUUGUUGGGUAAAGGACAAAAAAUAUAGUAGAAGAAGAAGAAAUCUGUUAAAGUCUGCAGCUGUGGCUACUGCUAGGAGACUGCUGCAGGCUUCAGAUUCUGGAGCUUUUGCAGACUGGGUAGCUAAUUCUUCUAAUUCAGCUACUGGCGGUGCUGCUAUUGGGGACCUAUCUUUAGGUUUCAACGCUGGCACCACCAUCGGUAGCGGGGGAGGAAAUGGUCCUCACACCGCUGCUGGCGGUGGCGGCGGAGGAGGAGGCCAUAGUGGUAUGUGGUCUGCAUCGUCUUCUCGACAGAUGCACAUCAACUAUGGCCUCUCACCCGAAAUGGGUAUGUUUGUAGUACAUCCCGCUUCAUUUCACCACCACCAUCAUCAUCAACAUUCACAUCAAGAAAAUACCAUCAAUUUUGACCCGAUAAACGGUUCCAAUAUCUCUACAACGAACACAUCUCUUGGUGUUGGUGUAAUUCCGCUUCUCACAGCAACUCCUUUAACGAACAUGGUUAGCUUCGACGAUCAAGAUUUAGUCAGUAGAAAUCGAGGAAAUGAUAACGAAGGUGGUGGUUUUCAGUUCUUUUCAAACCAACAACCUCAGAACUCUACGAAUUAUACCAAAAACAGUAACAUUCUUGGUAGUGGCAAUGGCAACAACAACAACAUUGGUGGUUCAGUUUCAUCAACAAGUUCAGCAACAUGUCAAGAUUGUGGAAACCAAGCUAAAAAAGAUUGUCCACACAGAAGAUGUAGAACAUGUUGUAAAAGUAGAGGUUUUGAUUGUACAACACAUGUAAAAAGUACUUGGGUACCAGCAGCGAGAAGGCGCGAGAGACAACUAAUUGGAGGUACUUCAACAAAUGUAAAUGUUGCUGCUGGUUCAUCUUCUCAAUCAACUUCAAGUGCUAAGAAACCUAGACUUGUUCAUUCUCAAGCUACUACUACAGCUUCUCAUACUUCUACUUCAAAUACAACUCCUCCUAGAAGUUUUGAUACUAGCUCUAGUCAUCAAGAUGCAAGUUUUAAAGCCUCAUUGCCAGGACAAGUGAGAGCACCAGCUGUAUUCAAAUGUGUAAGAGUAACUUCAGUAGAUGAUGGAGAUGAUGAAUUUGCAUAUCAAGCUGUUGUUAGAAUUGGUGGCCAUGUUUUCAAAGGUUUUCUAUAUGAUCAAGGAAUUGAAGAAGGCAAAGAUAAUAAUAAUUAUCCCAAUUUUUCUGAUUUACAUUUGGGUGGCAGUGGUAAUAUUACUAAUGAUACUUCUGAUCUUUAUGCUGCUUCUACUGGUGGUGGUGGAUUACUUGGUGGAUCAAAUUAUGGUAACCAAAUAAAUUAAAUGUUGUUAAUUAUUUAUUCCUCUUAAAAAAAAUAUUUGAGGAAAUGAGUAUUUGUAACUGAAUUAAUUUUUUUUGAUAUUUUUUUUUAUAUUUUGUUAUAUGUACUUCUUUUGGUUCUUUGGCAUUUAAUUUUCAACAGAAAAUAGGACUUCCAAAGAAUAAUUAAUUUUUCCUUUUUAUGGAAAAUUUUGGAAUCCAUGAAUUGUACUUUCUUACCUCUGAUCUUGCUCUUUUGACUUAUUCCUUUUUGGAAUCCAUGUAUUUCUUAGUGUAAAUUACUGUAGUUGGCUGGUUAAA